AAAUUACAAAUCCCUAACAAAAAAAAACAUUCGAAACUCAGAAAGACAAUAGCGAGCUAGCUUUCAACUUUCUUCGCUGAUUCUUCCAUGACUGAUCCAAUUCAGCUUAAACUCCAUAUCUAGGGUUUUCGACGUUUCUGUUUCGUUUCAGUUGCGGCUAGGUCACUUGUCCGAAAUGUCUCGAGCGGAGUCUUCAUGGGAGCGGCUAGUAAAUGCCGCCUUACAAAGGGAUAAAACAGGAGGAUUUGGUGGUGGUCCUGCUCAGGGAAGUAUUAUGGAGUAUGUUCCUUCAUCUUUAUCGAACAACAGGGACAUAGAUGCAAUUCUCAGAGCUGCAGAUGAACUCCAAGAUGAAGACCCCAGCAUAGCAAGGAUCUUGUGUGAGCAUGCGUAUUCACUUGCACAGAAUCUUGACCCUAAUAGUGAAGGCAGAGGUGUUUUACAAUUCAAAACCGGAUUGAUGUCCGUUGUUAAGCAAAAAUUAGCGAAAAGAGAGGUUGGGACCAUAGACAGAAGUCAGGAUAUUAUCCGACUGCAAGAAUUCUACAGGCAGUACAGAGAAAAGAACAAUGUUGAUACAUUAAAGGAGGAGGAAAAGCAGCUCCGUGAGUCGGGUGCUUUCACUGACGAGCUGGAGCGGAAAACAGUAAAAAGGAAAAGAGUUUUUGCAACCCUUAAAGUUCUGGGAAAUGUGUUGGAGCAGGUUGCAAAAGAGAUCCCUGAAGAGCUGAAGCAUGUUAUUGAUUCAGAUGCUGCAAUGAGCGAGGACACAAUUGCUUACAACAUUAUUCCUCUUGAUGCUCCUGUCACAACAAAUGCCACUACGGCUUUCCCUGAGGUGCAAGCGGCAGUUGCAGCAUUGAAGUAUUUUCCAGGCCUGCCAAAAUUGCCUGCUGAUUUUCCCAUUCCCGCAACAAGGAAUGCUGAUAUGCUUGAUUUUCUCCAUUAUAUUUUCGGGUUUCAGAAAGACAGCGUCUCCAAUCAACGUGAACAUAUAGUUCUUCUUCUCGCUAAUGAGCAAUCCCGCCUAAAUAUUCCAGAAGAAACAGAACCUAAACUGGAUGACGCAGCAGUGCGUAACGUGUUUAUGAAGUCCCUAGACAACUACAUUAAGUGGUGUGAUUACCUGUGCAUUCAACCUGCAUGGAGCAAUUUAGAGACAAUCAGUGGAGAAAAGAAACUAUUAUUCCUCUCUUUGUAUUUCCUGAUUUGGGGUGAAGCUGCCAACAUACGGUUUCUUCCAGAAUGUUUGUGCUACAUAUUCCACCAUAUGGUAAGAGAAAUGGAUGAGAUCUUACGCCAACAGGUUGCUCGCCCAGCUGAGAGUUGUAUGCCAGACGAUAGUCAUGGCUCUGAUGAUGGUGUAUCAUUCCUUGAUCAUGUCAUUGCUCCGAUUUAUGAUGUUGUCUCAGCGGAAGCUUUUAACAAUGACAAUGGCCGAGCACCUCAUUCAGCUUGGAGAAACUAUGAUGACUUCAACGAGUAUUUUUGGUCGCUUCACUCCUUCGAGCUUGGUUGGCCGUGGCGCACGAGUUCAUCUUUUUUUCAGAAACCUAUACCGCGACAAAAGUACGAGCUUAAAACCGGUAGGGCAAAACAUCGAGGAAAGACUUCCUUCGUUGAGCACCGUACAUUUUUGCAUCUCUACCACAGUUUUCAUCGGCUAUGGAUAUUCCUCGUAAUGAUGUUUCAGGCACUAGCCAUAAUUGCGUUCAAUAAAAAUAGCCUUACCUCCCGGAAGACUUUGCGUGAAAUUCUCAGUCUGGGUCCGACGUUCGUUGUGAUGAAGUUUUCUGAGAGUGUUCUGGAUGUCAUCAUGAUGUAUGGUGCCUAUUCUACGACAAGACGGCUUGCUGUUUCUCGCAUUUUUCUCCGUUUCAUUUGGUUUGGCCUUGCUUCCGUCUUCAUCGCUUUCCUCUAUGUGAGAGCACUUCAAGAAGAUAGCAAACCAAAUUCUGAUUCAGUCAUGUUCAAGCUCUAUGUAAUUGUCAUAGCCAUCUAUGGUGGUGUUCAGUUCUUUUUUAGUAUCCUGAUGCGUAUCCCAACAUGUCACAACAUUGCUAAUAAAUGUGAUCGGUUUCCUGUGAUUCGAUUCUUUAAGUGGAUGCGCCAGGAGAGACACUAUGUUGGCCGUGGCAUGUAUGAAAGGACAUCUGAUUAUAUAAAGUACUUGCUGUUUUGGCUUGUCGUUCUGUCUGCAAAGUUCUCAUUUGCGUACUUUCUUCAGAUUAAGCCGCUCGUUGGUCCGACAAGGGUUAUAGUAAAACAGGAUAAUAUUCUGUACUCCUGGCAUGAUUUUGUGUCAAGAAAAAACUAUAAUGCUCUGACUGUUGCCAGUUUAUGGGCUCCUGUGGUCGCUAUAUACCUUUUAGACAUCCAUAUAUUCUACACCCUUGUCUCUGCUUUUUUGGGUUUCUUGCUUGGUGCGAGAGAUCGUUUGGGGGAGAUAAGAUCUUUGGAAGCAAUUCACAAACUCUUUGAGGAGUUUCCAGGGGGCUUUAUGAGGGCUCUUCAUGUCCCCAUUACCAACCGGACUUCUGAUCCUUCUCAUCAGGCUGUUGAUAAGAACAAAGUAGAUGCAGCACACUUUGCUCCAUUUUGGAACCAAAUAAUAAAAUGUCUACGAGAGGAAGACUACAUCACUGAUUUUGAAAUGGACUUGCUCCUGAUGCCCAAGAAUUCUGGUAGGCUCCAGUUGGUUCAGUGGCCACUCUUUCUUCUUUCCAGCAAGAUAUUAUUGGCCAAAGAGAUUGCUGCUGAAAGUAAUUCUCAAGAGGAGAUUGUGGAGAGGAUCGAAAGGGAUGACUAUAUGAAGUAUGCUGUUGAGGAAGUCUAUUACACUCUUAAACUUGUCCUAACAGAAACUCUGGAAGCCGAGGGGAAGUUGUGGGUGGAAAGAAUCUACGAAGACAUCCAGGCCAGCAUAAAGAAUAGAAAUAUACAUCAUGAUUUUCAGUUGAACAAACUCUCCCUUGUUAUCACGAGAGUAACGGCACUCUUGGGAAUCCUGAAAGAAAAUGAAACACCGGAGCAUGCAAAAGGGGCUAUCAAAGCACUUCAGGAUCUCUACGAUGUUAUGCGGCUUGACAUAUUAACUUUUAAUAUGAGGGGUCAUUAUGAAACGUGGAACAUGUUAACUCAAGCCUGGAAUGAAGGUCGGCUUUUUACAAAGUUGAAAUGGCCUAAAGAUCCUGAGCUGAAAGCUCUCGUCAAAAGAUUGUACUCUCUAUUUACUAUUAAAGAUUCUGCUGCGCAUGUUCCUAGAAAUCUUGAGGCCAGACGCAGACUGCAAUUCUUCACCAAUUCUCUUUUCAUGGAUGUGCCACCACCAAAGUCUGUCCGCGAGAUGUUGUCCUUCAGUGUCUUCACUCCAUAUUAUUCUGAGGUUGUGCUGUACAGCAUGGCUGAACUCACUAAGAGAAAUGAGGAUGGGAUAUCAAUCUUGUUUUACCUUCAGAAAAUAUAUCCUGAUGAGUGGAGAAAUUUUCUUGCACGAAUAGGACAGGAUGAAAAUGCGUUAGAAGGCGAUCUACAUAAUGAGAGAGACAUACUUGAACUUCGAUUCUGGGCUUCUUACCGCGGACAAACACUAGCUAGAACAGUUCGCGGGAUGAUGUAUUAUAGGAAAGCUCUCAUGCUUCAGUCUUAUCUGGAAAGAAAGGCUGGAAGAGAUGUGGAGCCCGCGCUUUCCGGUAAUGACACAAUGGAUGCUGAAGGAUUUGAAUUAUCUCCUGAAGCAAGGGCCCAAGCAGAUCUAAAGUUCACAUAUGUAGUCACAUGCCAAAUAUAUGGAAGACAGAAAGAAGAUCAAAAACCUGAAGCUGUUGACAUUGCAUUGCUAAUGCAAAGAAAUGAAGCCCUUCGCAUUGCUUAUAUUGAUAUUGUUGAUACUCCGAAAGAGGGUAAAUCUCAUACAGAAUAUUAUUCAAAGCUUGUGAAAGCCGAUAUCAGUGGAAAGGAUAAGGAAAUUUACUCCAUAAAGUUGCCUGGGGACCCAAAACUUGGCGAAGGCAAACCUGAGAAUCAAAACCACGCCAUUGUGUUUACUCGCGGAAAUGCAAUCCAAACUAUUGAUAUGAAUCAGGACAAUUACUUUGAAGAAGCUUUGAAGAUGAGAAAUCUUUUGGAGGAAUUCGAUCGGGACCAUGGAAUUAGACCACCCACCAUUCUUGGAGUUAGGGAACAUGUAUUUACUGGAAGUGUCUCCUCAUUGGCCUCUUUCAUGUCCAAUCAAGAAACCAGCUUUGUGACUCUUGGUCAACGAGUAUUGGCGAAACCCUUAAAGAUCCGCAUGCAUUAUGGCCAUCCAGAUGUCUUUGACAGAGUUUUCCAUAUUACACGUGGUGGUAUCAGUAAGGCCUCUCGGGUCAUCAACAUUAGCGAAGAUAUUUUUGCUGGUUUUAACUCAACCCUACGUCAAGGGAAUAUCACUCAUCAUGAGUAUAUUCAGGUGGGCAAAGGACGAGAUGUGGGGCUCAACCAAAUAGCUCUAUUUGAAGGGAAGGUUGCUGGUGGGAAUGGUGAACAGGUUCUUAGUCGGGAUGUUUACAGACUUGGCCAGCUCCUUGAUUUCUUUCGAAUGAUGUCAUUCUACUUUACAACUGUUGGCUUCUAUUUCUGUACGAUGUUGACGGUGCUUACGGUGUAUAUUUUCUUAUAUGGGAGGGCAUAUCUGGCACUUUCUGGAGUUGGAGCUACUAUUCGAGAAAGAGCUAUUAUUCUAGACGAUACUGCACUUAACGCCGCCCUGAAUGCUCAGUUUCUGUUUCAGAUUGGUGUCUUCACUGCUGUGCCAAUGAUUUUGGGAUUUAUUUUGGAACAGGGGUUUCUUCAGGCCAUUGUCAGUUUUACAACAAUGCAAUUUCAGCUAUGUACUGUCUUCUUCACAUUUUCCCUUGGCACAAGAACCCAUUAUUUUGGACGGACCAUUCUCCAUGGUGGUGCGGGGUACCAAGCCACUGGAAGAGGGUUUGUCGUCAAGCAUAUCAAGUUUUCUGAAAACUACCGUCUUUACUCCAGAAGUCAUUUUGUCAAAGCGAUGGAGGUUAUUCUAUUAUUGGUUGUGUACCUUGCUUAUGGAACUGAUGAGGCUGGUGCAGUUUCCUACAUUCUUCUGACGGUUAGCAGCUGGUUUUUGGCUCUUUCUUGGCUUUUUGCUCCGUACCUGUUCAACCCUGCAGGAUUUGAGUGGCAAAAAGUCGUGGAAGACUUCAAAGAAUGGACAAAUUGGCUCUUUUACAGAGGUGGAAUCGGUGUGAAAGGAGAUGAAAGCUGGGAAGCAUGGUGGGAAAAAGAACUGUCUCACAUUCGGACGUUGAGCGGGAGGAUAAUGGAGACUAUUUUGAGUCUACGAUUCUUUAUCUUCCAGUAUGGUAUUGUCUACAAACUGGAACUACAAGGAUCAGAUACAUCAUUUGCGGUUUAUGGUUGGUCAUGGGUUGCAUUUGCGAUGAGUAUUGUUCUUUUCAAGGUCUUUACCUUCAGCCAAAAGAUCUCUGUCAAUUUCCAGCUUGUGCUGAGGUUUGUACAGGGACUUGUCUUAUUGGUGGCUCUAGCUGGCAUAGUCGUAGCGGUUGUGCUCACAAACUUGUCAGUGACGGACAUAUUUGCUUGCGUACUGGCCUUUAUACCUACAGGAUGGGGAGUACUUUCUAUUGCAUGUGCUUGGAAACCAGUCAUGAAGCGAAUUGGGAUGUGGAAAUCGGUCCGGUCCCUAGCUAGGCUGUAUGAUGCAGGAAUGGGAAUGCUCAUAUUUCUUCCCGUUGCGCUCUGCUCGUGGUUCCCAUUUGUCUCGACCUUUCAAACACGUAUGAUGUUUAACCAAGCGUUUAGUCGUGGUCUCGAGAUCUCUCUCAUCCUCGCUGGAAACAACCCCAAUUCAGGCCUUUGAAAUUUCAUUAUUGGCUGCUAUCUAUCUAUUUCUUUCUGUUUCUUAUACAUUUCUUUGUGUGUUUUUAUUUCAUUAGUUUUAUGAGUUAUGAGUGUAGUAGUAGCGAAUUAUGAGAGCCCCUUUGUAAUUUUUAGGCAGUUUAAGACGAUUGUAAUAUUAUGUCAUUAUAGAAUACAUGUCGCAAAUCUGAUUAAAUUAUUUUUUUC